UCCCUGUUUUAAAUGUUGCCCUUGGUAUUCACUCAACCUUGAUUUACCUAUAAAAUGGCUCAGAAUGGCUCACUCAGCCAGGCUGCCGACAGGAGGACUUGAUCUUCAGUGUACCCAGUACAGAAAUUCUUUGCUAACAGCUUGUAGUGAGAAAUGACCUGUAGCUGCAGCAUCUAUCUAUUCAAAUGUGGUCUUGCAGUAAAGGUAGCUCUUUAUCAAUCUGCUUUAGCACGUCUGUUUCAGAACUACAGUUUCAGAAUGAAGUGACUGCAAGACUAAGCCUUCUAAAAGACAGGCUUUAAAUUGGCUGUCAGGGAUCUUAUAUAUGUCGGCAGUUAGACUGUGAAUAUAAAAAAAGACUAAUCAUGUUCAUGCUAGCAGCCAGUCCGUGACACAGGUGAUCUAGAUUGUGGUCAUCUGAAUGGUCCAUUCAGAACACUGUACCAUUGAUCAUAAAUACAGCAUGAUCACAAGAUGAAUCUGACACUGUGGACACUUUUAUCAUUUAUUAUGACUAUAAGUCUAUUCCCACUCCAGUUUUUCCUAUUCCUAAAUACAGAAUAUUUAUUAAUAACACAAAAUAACUUAACUUAUUUUGAUGUAUUUAGACCUAUGAAGAAAGUAAUGGGAAUUAAGAAGAGCCUUGUAAGAACAGAUGGGUUCUUCAGGAGGAAAAGUGAGGGAAAAUCAUUUAGGAAGCAGAGAAUAGAAGUUGGUAAAGGAGGGGCGCCUGGGUGGCUCCGUCGGUUGAGCAUCUGACUUCGGCUCAGGUCAUGAUCUCAUGGUUCGUGAGUUCAAGCCCCAUGUCGGGCUCUGUGCUGACAGCUCAGAGCCUGGAGCCUGCUUCAGAUUCUGUGUCCCCCCGCCCCCCUCCGCCCCACCCCUGCUUGUGCUGUCUCUCUCUGUCUUGCAAAAAUGAAUAAACAUUAAAAAAAGUUGGAAAAGGAUGAGAAAAGCGGUAUGGCACUUAAAAAAAUAGCAGUGAAAAGAAUGAGUUUCUUGAAUAUGGGGAAAAUACUAACAGCCAAACUUCCCAGGAUACCGUAGAGCACCUGGAAAAGACUUCUGAAGAAAAGUGACCUUCAUGUACUAUUGCUAGCAUUCUAUGUUUUGCCAUGAAGUAAAAUCUAGUUUGCGUGGCUCGAAAUUGUAAUGCAAGAGGCUUACUCUGGGCAAUAGUGAAUGGCACUUGGGGGCAGUGUUCUCACUUAGUUUUCUUUUUCUGCCAAUUGUCCUGAAGUCUAAGGGUUUUUUUGUUUUUUGUUUUUUUGUCAGUUUCUGAAUCGAAACUAAAUUUUCAUUUCUCAGCUAGGUAAGAUUGUAUUGUCUGUUGGUUAAUCGUGUAUAGUGCCUGCCAGAUGGAGUCAUAUAGCUUCUGAUUUUUGUUAGUCCCUAAAGGUUUGGGGAAAUUCACAAGGGUGAUCUUAUCUAACGAGUGAUGACUCCCCCAAGGCAAAUCGGGUCUUUUCCUAGAGCUUCCGUGGAAACAAGAAUGUGCAAAGGUAUUUCAAUGCAGAAUAUCUUUGAAAAGAUGGGGGGGAGAAAUGAGAGUUGUGGGACAUCUUGUAUUUAUCAGGUAGCUUGGUCCCAGAACUGAUGGUAGAAAGGUGGCUUGUGCUUGAGACCACAUUUCGUACCUGGCUGUUCUAGUUGCCAAAUGGGGGAUGACCCAGGUUUUUUACAUAGGGAAGGCUUUCUUGGGUACUGUAUAGGCUUAAUGGGGCCUUUGUUUACAUUUAAUUUAAGUUCAUUCUGUUAGUUUCAGGCAUUUCUUAUACAUUGUGUUGUUGAAGACAAUUUAAACAUAGAUUCCCCCAUGUCAUUUAACCAUAAAGAGUUGGAAGCACUUACUGAAAUGGGCCAGGCGCUGUUGUGGAUUACAGAGACUAACAGAAACUGCCCUCUAGAUAAUGUCACACUCCAGAGGGAGCAUAGCCCAUGGUCAUAAUACCUGGAAACAAAGCCUUGUGACAGUGUGUUCUCAGUUCCCAGGAGCACUGAGAUUUGGAGAGCUUGAGAGGAACCUUCGCAGGGGACGGGAUUUUUGAAAGAUAGUUGGCAGGGGACAGACGGGAGUAGAAGUUUGUCAGGUGGGGACCAGGAAGGGCUUUGUAGGUAGUGAAAAUAGCAUGUACCAACACAUGGAGUCCUAAGCCAGCACACUGACUGUCGGAUAUAAGAGAAGAGUCCUUUUGGAAUUUGCCUCAGAUUGAGCAAUAUGUGUCCAUGUGACCAUGAACCUGGUCAGAGGCUGCUCAUCAGUUGCAUCAUAGCCGCCUCUUCCAACCCCUCUCACAUGUUCAUGGAAGGAAAGCCCAGGUUCUGAAUUGGCUUCUGCAUUCCACUUUGGAAAUGAUUUUAUCUCUUGGCAGCUGCCGGCCCUUUUCUGAGCAUCUAUAUUCUAUAAUCAUCAGUUUUUAGGCAAGUACAUAUUUUGGAGGAUGAACCAGAGGAGAAUACAAUCUGUACAAUAUGAGGCAAAUCUAGUAGUGAAAUGGCAGAAUAAUUAUUGCUCCUCUGCCAUCUGUGGCAUCAAAAUGAAAAUGACAGCUUCUCAAUGUACGUCAGGCUGCUCACUGCGUUUCUACUUUCUGAGUCAGAGGACAUAACUAAUCUUUGUUCAUACUAUGCUCUGGCAUAUUUGUUUUCAUCUUCUGUCUGGAUAAUUGUUGCCUUUUCAGUCUGAAGGAACUGGCCCUGAGAAAAGAAUUAUUCAUUCAACAUUUAGCAGCCUUCCUUCUAAGGCAUUUUGGUAGAUGAUAUAAGUAAAUAUCGCACUGAAUAGUGGGUUUUUGACAAUUCAAAUUUCCUGGUCCAUUUAGAGACACGCAUUAGAGAAUGUGCAACUGUUGCUUUAUAAACUAUGUGUUACUUACUUUCUUAUUCUUCUACCUACAUUUAAGAGAUUUUUUUUUUUAAUGUUUCAAAUAAUACUCUUCCAAAAGCUGUUUAAUUCUCAGAUAUUAAACAAUUUCUGGGGCACCUGGGUGGCUCAGUCGGUUAAAUACCCGACUCUUGAUUUUGGCUCAGGUCAUGAUCUCACAGUUCAUGAGUUCGAGGCACACAUUGGGUUCUGUGCUCACUGUGCAGAACCUGCUUCAGAUCCUCUGUUUCCCUCUUUCUAGCCCUCUCCCACUCACCAACAUUCUCCCUCUCUCUCUCAAAAAUAAAUAAAUGUUAAAAGAAAAUUUUUUUUUGAGAUUCUGACAUAGUGACCCUACAGCUCCACUGCUAAGUAUAUACCCAAGAAAAAUGGAAACAUGUUCACAUAAAAACCUGUCCAUGAAUGUUCAGAGCAGCAUUAUUCAUAAUAGCAAACUGGAAAUAACCUGAGUGUCCAGCAACUGAUAAACAGGUGCUGCCACAUCUGCAAACUUCCUGGAAGAGUGAUGGGGAUUCGAGUGCUUCGUUUCUCUUUGGUGGCCAUCCUUGUGCUGCUGCUGGUAGCUGGGGCUCUGACCACUUUACUUCCAAAUAUUAAAGAAGACAAGAUGCUCACUCUGCGAAGGGAAAUAAAAUCCCCGGGCAAGUCCACCCUGGAUUCCUUUACUCUGAUAAUGCAGACAUACAACAGAACAGACCUCUUACUGAGACUUUUAAAUCAUUAUCAGGCAGUGCCACACCUGCAUAAAGUGAUCGUGGUGUGGAACAACAUUGGGGAGAAGGGACCGGAUGAGUUAUGGAAUUCUCUAGGGCCUCACCCCGUCCCUGUGAUCUUCAAACCACAGACAACAAACAGGAUGAGAAAUCGACUCCAGGUCUUUCCUGAACUGGAAACCAAUGCUGUGUUAAUGGUAGAUGAUGACACACUAAUUAGUGCCCAAGACCUUGUCUUUGCUUUCUCGGUUUGGCAGCAAUUUCCUGAUCAAAUUGUAGGAUUUGUUCCUAGAAAGCAUGUCUCUACUUCAUCAGGUAUCUACAGUUAUGGAGGUUUUGAACUGCAAACACCUGGGUUUGGAAAUGGUGACCAGUACUCUUUGGUGCUGAUUGGAGCCUCAUUCUUCAAUAGCAAAUACCUUGACCUCUUUCAGAGGCAACCUGCAGCUGUCCAUGCCUUGAUAGAUGAAACCCAAAACUGUGAUGAUAUUGCCAUGAAUUUUAUCAUUGCCAAACACACUGGGAAGACUUCAGGGGUAUUCGUGAAACCUGUAAACAUGGGCAAUCUAGAAAAAGAAACCAACGGGGGCUAUCCUGGAAUGUGGCAUCGAGCUGAGCACUUCCUGCAGAGAUCUUAUUGUAUAAAUAAGCUUGUUGAUAUCUAUGAUAGCAUGCCUUUAAAAUACUCCAACAUUAUGAUUUCUCAGUUUGGUUUUCCAUAUGCCAACCACAAAAGUAAAAUAUGAGAGUAAAACGAACAAAAUCAAACCUCAAAACUGCUUUGUAUUUGAAUAUCUUCUCUGCGCUACAAUUGGUGUGGUUUUUUUUGUUUGUUUUUGUUUUUGUUUUUUUAAGCAACAUCAUGAACUUUUAUCUACUACAGAAGUCUCUACAAAGGAGAAAAUGUACAGUGCUUCUAGGACAUAAAAGUCACAUGAACUUCAAAAGCCAAGAAGCUUGUACUCUCUAGAUAGGUCUUCUUGUGAGGAGUUUUCAUCUGCAGAGAGAACUCCUUGGCCAGCGAUUUUAAUGUUUACAUUCUGAGACUUCUAGACUUCUACAAUUUCGUUGACUCAUGGCAUUUGCCUUAAGGACCUAUUGCAAGUUGUCUCCAGGAUCAGAAACUCCAGAGAAGCAUUUCUCAGCUUUUUCAUUAAAGGAUGAUUGUUUUCAUUUGAAGCCUGAGAUGCCUCGUUAGCAAAAGCCUGUGGUGUAGAGAAAAGCCAUGUGAGGCGAGGAUAAUCUCAAUCCCUUAUAAAAACAAGUAGAAAACUCAUGACUACCAUGCUUUCAUUGUGGUCUUUCUAGCACUAACUCGGCCUGGCAUGGUUUCGAUGCAUCAAUCACUGCUUUUAUUUUCAUUGAUAAGUCUGUUGUGACUGGAAGUGUUCAUUUUAGUAGCUGAAGGAUGUCUCAUUGAUCACUUGGUUUUUGUGAACAUUUACUGCAUGGAUCACAGAAAAGUGCAGCCUGUGUUUCUCAUGUGCAACCUAUAUGCAGCAAGGAGUAAAUGUGUUACUAGAUUCAGGUAGUGCAUUUUGGCUCUGAAUCUGACCUUGAGAGUAUACAUUGAUUCUUAUAUUUUACAUAAACCAUGCAUUGUUGUUUAAGAAACUUCUAAAAUAAUCUUCUAAAAGAAUGCUUUAAUUAGGAACUGGCAAAAGUUAAAACCCUUGAUGUCAAGAGAUAUUUGCUGUUAGGGCAUAGGUUACCUCAUGGAUACUGAAGUUACGUGUAUUAUACACAAAGUUAAUUUCUUGUAUUCAGAGCUGCUGCUGCUGCUACUUUUAAUUUCCCCCCAAAAAAGACUCGAGGCACCAUUCAUCAUGAUGAAAUUUUGAUUACAUGGAUACAGGAAAAAAAUAAGAGAACUGAAUCAUAGCAGAGGAAUUUUAUACAGAGUCUGCAUCAGUAAAUUGUUGAAUUGCUCACUCUGUUGCGUGAAUUAGUAUCUGUGUUCCACACAGUGUCCGUGUUUGGGUCCUUGUUCAUACUAGUAGCAAGGAAUAUUUAAUUAAGCUUCAUCACCUCCUCUUCUUCUUCCCCCUUCUUCUCCCAUAAUGUCAUUAUUUUCUCACAAUUGCAAAGCUGUGAAAACAUUGUUAUAAUCAUGGUUAAUGUUCCAACAAUGAAGUCUUUGUGCAAUCAGUUCAGUACAUGUUGUUUCUUUACCUUGGCAUGUGUAUGUGUCUUAAUGCAGUCAGAUAAAGCCAGUAGAACUCAGAACCUCACUAAAAAUCUAUAAUGUUCAUUAUCUGCUUUGGUCAACCUUGGUAGUGAUUUUUUUGCCUCUUGGGACUCCACUGGCAGAUAAAUAAAAUCAACUUCUACCGUGAA